AUGUACAGCAGCGGCGGACUGGAAAACUCGCUCUUUCAGCUCAAGUUUACUAUCAAGUCGCUUCAGCGCCAAGCGAACAAGGCGGCGCGUGAUGAGGCGACGGAAAAGGCCAAGCUGAAAAAGGCCCUCGCCCAAGGGAAUAGCGAAGGCGCACGCAUAUACGCGGCCAACUCGAUCCGCAAGAAGAACGAGUCGCUGAAUCUGCUGCGCCUCAGUAGCCGCAUCGAUGCCGUGGCGAGCCGGGUCGAAACGGCCGUGUCGAUGCGCCAGGUCACAGGCGGUAUGGCCCACGUCGUUCGUGGCCUCGAUCGCGCUAUGCAGACCAUGGACCUGGAAAGAAUCUCCCUGGUGAUGGACAAGUUUGAGGGCCAGCUUGAGGAUGUCGACGUUCAGACCUCCUACAUGGAAAACACUAUGAACGCUACGACAGCGACAGGCAUGCCUCAGGACCAGGUCGACUCGCUUCUGCAGCAGGUGGCGGAUGAAAAUGGCAUCGAAGUUCACCAGCAGCUGGGCGAGGCGGGUCUCGCUGGCAAAGUGUCAGACCUGCCCGCGGAAUCGAGCUCCGCACGACGAAACGCGCCGUCUGCGGACCAAGACGAGGCGUUAGCGCAACGACUUCGCGCGCUGCGACCGGCCACCUGA